AAGACAGAAGCGAAAUUUGAAUUGCGCCCUCUUUAGCGUCUGUGUUGUCGUUGGUGACAAAAAUAAAAAACACUAAAUUUAGAUCAGUUACAUUUUAAAAAAGUGUGCAGUUUCAUUAUUGGAGCUAGUGUUCUUUUUCAAUAAAAUAUUACAUAACUACAAAUAUGAGCAAGAAAACCUCGUAUAAAUCUGGGGAUUUGGUAUUUGCUAAAGUUCGAGGAUAUCCACCUUGGCCUGCUAGGGUUGAACACGAACCUCCUCCUGGUAAAAAAGUACCUAAAAAUAAAUAUCCAAUUUUAUUCUUUGGAACUUAUGAAACUGCUGUUCUAGCUGCUAAAGAUCUGUUUCCAUAUGACACAUUCAAGGACAAAUAUGGAAAAGAGCAGAAGCGCAAGUAUUUUAAUGAAGGAUUGUGGGAAAUUGAAAAUAAUCCUACUGUCAAACCUGGUACCGGUCAGGUGACUAUCAAAUCCAUUGAGAAGGCUGAAGCUGCUGAUGAAACUGCUAGUGAUGAAGAUGAAAAACUGGUCAUUGAUGAAAAACCAAAUAAGGAAGAGACUGGAUCACACAAAAGAAAAAGUGAUCAUAAGGAAUCAAAGAAAGGUAAAAAAGCAAAAGUUGAAAAAGAAGCCUCUGCUGAUGAAGAAGAAAAUGAGCAAUCCAGUGAUGACAAUGUGAAGGAGAAGGUUAAGAAGGACAAAAGUGAUCGCCGGUCCAAAAAGAAUAAGAAGUAUGAUGUUGAUGAUGAAUCUGACAAAGAGGACGAAGAUGAAGAAAAAAAUGCUGAAUCUGAAGCAAAACCUGACAAGAAAGAAGAGAAAAAGUCCAAAAAGAAAGAAAAAGAAAAGAAACACAAACAUGGCAAGAGCAAGUCAUGAGCCACUCCUUGUGCUUCCUGUGCAUUUCUAAAUUUUGGAUUCUUCUUUGCCUUUUGAACAAUUUUAUUUUGAUAGAUUUUUAUCAAACUCAUGUCUUAAACACUGCUUUAUUUUAUGUAUCAUUUCGUUUCUAAUUUUUUUUAUCACUUAGUUUGAGAAUGUCAUAAAUAUUUUUAACAUUUAUUUUAGUUGUAAUGUUGCUAUCAUCUUUAGUUGAAAGACAUUAAAUUAUACCAUUUCAGCAUGAACUUAUUUAUUUUAUAAUUAUUCCUAUUACAUAUCUCUUUUUUUUUCUUUUUUUUUUAAAUAUAAAACAUUAUUCUUUGCUUGUUUUUAUCAGUUGUACCAAAUUAAUUUGGUAUGAGCUUUCUUUAAAAUAUUUUCCCUUAAUCUGUUUUAUGAAUCUAAAAUAUGGUUUCACUAACUUAAUAAUACUUUAACAAUGACUAAUUUUAUAAAUACAUUUUUAUUAGCAAACUAUUUUUUCUCAUACUAAAUAGUAUAUUACAUUUCAUAUUUAUAACAAAACAUUUUAAAUACAAGGAAGUGAGGUAGAUAUUCAUAAAUCUCUCUUUUUUUAAAAAAAAAAUUAUAAAUUAGUGUUAAUUAAUAAAACACAUCUUAGAAAUGUUCUGUUUCGUGUUUGUUUAUUUUUUUUAUGGAUAUCAUUCGUUAUUUAAAUCAUGUGUGUCUCAUUUUGUAUCUUCAGCUAUCACUUAAUUGUAUAUUUGUCAUGUGGUUAAACAUCAAUAAAACUUAAUAUAUAUUUUAAAAAAUAAUAAAUUUAAAAAAACAUUUUACCUCAUUCAUUAAAUGUUUGUAUUUUAUAAUUCCUAAGGCAUAAGAUAAACAACUUUUAGAGGCAUGUUAGUUACAUAUUAAGUUACAAGUGAGUUUUAUAUUAUAUUGCUUGAUAGAUUUUGUUUGCGUAUUUUACUUCAAAUCGAUGUUGUACUCAAAUUUUUGUAAUCUGCACUAUUGAGUGCAGUUGUUUUUGUAUGUCAAUCUGUGUUCGUGUGAAAUAUGGAGAAAGAAAAAAAAAUGCUGCUGAAUGCCUACCGGUGUUUUAUUCUUUUAAUGUUAAAACAUAAAACCAGAAAUUUUAUACAUCCAGGGAUGUUGACAAGUAUAGGCUUUCUGCAAAUUUAAUGUAAAUCAACAAAAUUUUAAGUAGAAAAGUGUCAUAAAAAUGCAAAAAUCUUUAAGUUGAUUUAUUACUUACAAUUUUCUGUUAUUGCUAUAAAAAAAAAUUAAUUUUUUAACUUAUCUUCGGUCUUGUGCUAGUUUAAAUUAAAAUACUUACUGUUAUAGGACAAAAUUUCCUAUUGGUCAACACUUUUAACGGUAGCCACUUUUACAAAAACUGAAAAUCACUUCAUUGGAUUGAAAAAUAUGGUAUAAACAUAUUUUAAAAAUGAAGAAAAAUUUUAAGAAAUGAGCAUAAAAGAGUAAUUUUUCGAUUAUUAUAAAAAUUUCAUAAUAAUUGCAUAUAUAUUAAAAAAUGAUGAAAAGCACAUGGCAUGGGUUUUUGUUUUUAAAAAAAAAAUGGCGAUCGACUGACAAUUUUUUAAUUGACACUUGUUAUAUUUCUGUGCCCUGUAGCAAUCAUUAAUUUUGUACUAUUAGUGACUGUUUUAAAUUUACUUUGUAUAUGAUUUAUUUCAAAAUGCAGUUAUAGUUUUUUCACUUUUACGAAAAUUACUCAAAAUUCUGCAAAUAUAUCGCUUUCUGUGACUGUUGAAUGCAAAAAGACAUGUUUUGUAGUUUGACAUCCCUGACUGUUUUCAAAACAAAUAUGUACUUAAUGUUGUGUGAAAUUUGGUCACUAUUCAUUGAAAUUAAGAUAUUUCACAUUGAUCAUUAAUACUAAAUAUUUGUUGCUAACUGUUUUAUCAGAAAAGUUUAGAAAGUAUAGUUGGUGUAGUUAAAUUUUAUUAUUGUUAAUCUUGUUUCAUCUGAUACCCUUAUAGCAGUAUCUAAAAAAAAAAAAAUUUGCCUGUUAAUAAACAAAUUAUUUGUGUGGUAAAAUUGUAUUAGCAGUAAUUUUAUUUACUAACUCUUGUGACUGAGAAUUGUUCUUGUCUGAUUUUAUUGUCAACUUUUAAGAUUUAUUUUGUUCAUCCCUUUUUAUUUCAAUAAGAAAGGGAGAAAGUACAUAAUAUCAUUGCUGCAUAUGAUGCUGUUCGCAUUUAUAAUGUUAUCCCAUAUCAUAAAGCAUAAUUUGUAAUGAAGAAUGUCAUAUUUCCUUAAGUUCAAAAGGGUUAUAAAAAGCUUCUGCAUUUAUCAAACAUGUUUUUCUUUUUAAUUAUUCACUUUUUUAAAUACAAGUGCACAUUAUUUUUCUUAAUUAUGUUUUUUUACUGCAUAUUAAUUACAUACACUUUUUUAAAUAAAUCUUUGAACUGUAUUUGUUUUGAACAUGCUUUGGAUAAAGAAAGUUUAUUUUAAAGUAAAAAACUUUAUACAAUGUUCACUUUGAAUUAGUACUCUGCAUUUUAGAAUUUUAAUGUUAUAAAUUAAGUAUUUUAUUUAUUUAUUUAUUUUACAUUUAUUGUAAUUAGUUGGAACACAAUUAAACAUUUUGCACUGGUCCUGUAAGUUUAUUCCAAUUUUUAAAUUCGAAGCCAUUAAAGCUUAACUCAUUCAAUGGCCACGGAUUGUUCACCUCAAACCUCCUAAUUUGUAUGCUUAGCUUACAGUAAUAAAAACCCUAUUUACCUUAUUUAUUCUUCAAAAAAUUUCGAAUAAAUGGAUGUUUUUUAAAAACUAAUGAGUCACAAAAAGUUGCAAUUGCCUAUAAAUUAACAUUAAAACUUGUUUCUAAUGAGCUUUAUAUAUAAAUAUAUUUGCUUUUGUUUAUAUUAAUUUAGUUAUUGUCAAAUAUAAAGUAUUUAUUUAGUUAUUAUCGACAUAUGUAAUUAAAUAUCAUUGUAUUUAGAUUUAAAUUUCUUUGAAGAAAUUCAAUUGUAAUUCUUUCAAGUCAAGACUAUGAAGAAGUUUAUUAUUAUGUAGAAUGACACAUAUUGCGUUUUUUUAAAAAUAUGUAUUCUUAAUGUUUUAAAAGUAAUUGGACAGAAAAUGCUUUCUGGUGAUUGGUAUUUCUUUUUUACUAGCUAUUUAUAUAUCUGAAAGUGAAAAAAAUGAAUGAAAUACAUGUAACUCAUUUUA